GUUGCGCACAGCGCAGCAGUCUCCAACACUGCGCUCAACCUCGGGACGGCUGCUUGGAAAGACAGCUCCAACUUUAAGACUCAGUAUGUGCCGUGCCGGGGUGACAGAGGGUCGGUGACAUGCAGACUCGGGGGAGUUGAGGUACAGCAGGAUCAAGGACGAGUCUUGCCCCCCCCCCCUCUCCCUCCCUCCAGCACUUUUGCGCAAGGUAACACAAGCAGAGACUUGUGUUGUGGCGGAUUGACCAAGCGGCCGCAUUACAUGGAUUUCCUCAGCAGCCGUCCCUUAUGUUGCUACCUAUUACUCUUUGAGCCCUAGCAAGUUGCUCUCCCCUUCCCAUCUCUCGCAAACUUCAGUCAGUGGAUCGUUGGGAAAGCGACAGGAUGGGAUCGCAGACCGGGGCAGCUCCGCACAGACAGACGCUUCUGUGGUUCAUUGUAGCGUCUCAGUGCGUGCUGGCACUGGGAUGCGGACCCCACUACGAAUACGCCAUUGAAGAGUUCUGCCUGGCCAGAUUCAGGCUGGACAUGCAAGAGCUGGAUCAGAGACACUGGUGUAGCUGGGAGGACACAGUUGAGCUCUACGGUGACCUGACAAACUGCACGUACCUGGUGGCACUAAAGAUGGAGUGUUUCUGGCCAAACCGACUGGUUGACGAGUUCUUCAUCCGAGUCCACAAGCAUUACUUCCGAGACUGCUCUCUCUCUGGACGGCUUCUCCGGGACCCACCCAACCGCAUCCUGGGUCCCUUCAUUGUAGUGCCCAUCCUGGUCACCCUUCUCAUGACGGCCCUGGUGGUGUGGCGGAGCAAACGCAGUGAGGGGAUUAUGUAGUGGAGGGAAGAAGGGGGGCCAGGGUCACAAGACUCAAGACAAGAGUUACUUUUUUGUCCCUACGGUUGCACCAUUCUCACCUUCAGUGACCAAAGGAUCACUUUUCUGCUCACCUGAAUCUAAUGUGGACCAGAAUAAUGACUGUUGGAAAGAUAUUGUAAAUUUUUACAAUUUUGACAAGGGUACAACAGGACAGUUACUCUGACCUCUUUUAAGGAACCCAGGGAUAUCAGAUUGUGUAUAUACAUAUAAAUACAUGUAAAUAUACACAGUAUGUACAAUAUGAGAUUAAUCUGUCAGUGGAUUGUCAGAAUCUCUUUGUAAGACAAUCAAGACAACAAAUCAUAGCACACUAAAUUAAUUUUUCACAGAUGCAAAUUUUGUGUUUCUGUGUGAUGCGAAAGAUACCUGAUUUUAACAGAUGUAUCUUACAUUGAAUUGUAUUCUCUGAAUCAUGCAGUUGGUUCACUGUCAAGCUACAGCUGGAUUAGAACUAGUUUUCAUUUCCUCUGCCCACAUCAGGCACCCUGGCCUCAUCUCUUGGCAUAGCUCAAUCUCCCUUCUGAAUGAGAAACAAGCCUUUGUUUCCAUAGCAUAAUAUCCACUGAACCAGCAGAAAAAAAAAGCAGGAUAACAAUGUCACAUACCGAAGAUUGGCAGAUGUGCUGUACAGGCGACAGACACAGAGAAACCACGCAGGGGUCGGGGCCCCAAUUUGGAUGGGCUGUGAUGAUGUGUUCUGCAGCUUCCAUCCUCCAUUACCAAGGAAAUUAAAAUGAAGAAAUGCCACACUGUGGAAUCCAUUGAGAACGAGGGCUUUGAAGGCCAACAUCAUGUUUGGGGACUGCAGACUGUUGAUUAACCAAAAAUUCUUGCAUUCUGUCUGAUUUUUCACCCUAAAACUCCUCUGUUAUCCAUGUUGUUUACAUGAAUAACAGAAAGACACUAUCCCAGCAAUUACCACACUGAUUUGCAUCCAGCUGAGUCAGUUAUGAUAAAAUGUUUAAAGAAUGAAAAACAGAACGAGUAAGAAACUCACAGUAGAAAAAUCACAAUUCUAACUAAAGAGAAAACAUACAGCAAUGGAUUAAGUCAGCUAACACACAUCGCUGUUGAAUGCCAUAGCCUAAAGCACAGUUUUUGUAUCAUAGACCUUAGGUUUCUAUUGAUUUAUGAUCUCGCUGUGUGGUAAAGUGUGCCGUGUGAACUGUUUCCUCAUUGAUAUUUUUGAAUUCUCUCUUUCCUUUAUAGAUUCAUUGACCUGUAACCUGCCUGUCAGCAAAACACAUUUUAGAACACAUCCAGACUUCCCCAACAUGAUCUUACUUUGUACUCUGUGCCAAAAGCUCUUAGAAUAAUUUUUUUGGUGG